AUGUCUAGUACCAAAAUACACAAUUAUUUCAAGCGGAAAUCUGGAGAAUGGAGCCUUUUGGGGUUUUUGAAUGAAAGCGACGAAGAACAAUUCCGGCUGAAAAUAGAUUUAUACCUAAGAAGCCUUGAAAAUAUUAUUAACUACGACGAAGGAGAUAGGAAGGAAAAAGCACAGUUUCUCCUUGAUAAAUACAGAAAGGCAAGUAAAAAUGUUUUUUGUUGGAAAUAUAGAUGUGAUCAAUUAGUCGACCCAGCGUUGGUCCCAUUGGGGCACAGGCAACCAACUAGCUUGCCUGAUGUUCAACGUACUCGACCUGACCACCAAAUUGCCAAGAAUUUGAAAAUGGAGCGUAGAUCGAACAAAAUGCGUGACGUACCCUCGAUUAAUAUUUCGGUAAGUGCUCAAAACAUUGGGAUCUUCAAUGAUAGUAAUUUUAGUGUUAAGAAGGCUCGGGAAGAGGAAAUAGUAUUCAGAAAAAGAAAGCAAGCAUGUUAUACGGAAAGCCCGAUCUUGACAGAAGCGGAGACAAAUUCUGAUUCAGAUUACGAAAAAAUAGAAAAUGUCGAUAUACGCUUGAUAAGAGAGAAAAGUAGUCACAAAGAUUUCAUAUCUUCUGAAAGGAAGGAUGCAACAGAUAUCUUGCAUAAGAAACGCAGAAGAACUAUCUCACAUGACAAUCAAGAUAGUGACAUAGAUAUAAUAUCAGAUGAUGAAAUGCUAUCGUUUGCAAAGGUUACAGAUAGUAUGGUAGCAAGCAAACUCGCAAAAAUUAGUAAAGAAUGGGAAACUUUCAAAAAUGCUUUUAGCCAGGUAGAGGAUGAAAUUAUCUCAAAGAUUUCGCCUCCGUUAAAUAAAGUAGAAAAUAUUCUGAAGGUAAACCAGGAAGCAUUAGAGAAGGCAAUGAAUGGAGGAUACAUUGAACUUGAUGCAGUAUUCCUCAUUUAUCAUUAUCAAAACGGAUUCAAAUUUUUGGAGAGACUGGUUGGAAAAAUGGGUAGACAAUGUCUAUCAGAGAUUGAGCUAUCAAAGCUUCCUAUGGAACGGCGAUCUGUUGGAUGGUUCCAUGACGGAAUUCUCACAAUUAAUGUUAAUGGAGUAGAUGAAUGCGUUGGUAUUCUCGAAGUCGUAGGUAAUGCUAUUAAUGAGGACCACGAUAAGAUGAUUAAUGAUCGAGAGAAGAUCCUAAAGGCAAUGCGAUUAGCAUUGUUUCAGCUUGAAGAAACUUUACGUCACAAUGGAGUCAAUGACGAACAGAAACUCAAGCAACUGCUUGAGACAUUUGGCAUUCUAGUAGAUAGGCGAGAUUUUAUCUUUUAUGCGAUGCAUUAUUAUGAAGAAGCAUACUUUGUUGAUGAAAUCGCCUUGUCCUUCGUAAUACCUAACACACCGAUGCAAUUAUUCCUGUUAAAAGAUGUCAUAAAAAAAUUAUUGAAAUUCAGGGCUCGUAUUGAAUAUCUGAAAACACGAAUAACAGCACUAUUAGAAGAUGCAACUUCUCGACGUCGUCCACGAUGGACAACAACCGUUGUUGAUGCAUCUCCGAGCACGUCAAAAACUCGUAAAAAAGUUCCACUGAAAAUAGAAGUUAAUCUUGGAUAUGUGAUAAUUAAAGGGUUUCAUCAUGGAUCGGUCUCAUUUAUAAAAAUGAUUUUCAAGAAAUAA